AUUGUUACAACUGACGUUUGACGGAUUGUGUAUCUAUCGGCAGCGCAAACGUCAGAAUUUAUCGAUUUUGUGGUCACUCGAAAAUCAAAACCCGGUCAGAUAUUUUCAAAUACAAUUGGUAACAAAUAACCUUUCAAUAAAAAUUGGUGGUAGACACGUUGGUAUUAAAGCAAUAUAGUUGCUAUCAACUAUUACUACAUUAUUAAGGCGUGGCAAGAUGUUGGAUGAAAAACUACUUCAAGAAAGAUUGGAGCAAUUCAAUCCAGAACCAUUAGUACCUUUGGACCAUACCUUGGGAAAAGCAGAAAUAGAAAGCGACGUAGUACCAAAAGAUGAAAAUACAAUAGAUCUUGUAAAAGUCAACUUUUUGAACUUCUUGGAUAAUGAUGGUAUUAAGAAGUCUUGCGAAAAUACUAUAAGAAAAUAUGGAGUAGGAACUUGUGGCCCCAGGGCAUUUUAUGGCACAACAGAUCUUCAUUUGGAUUUGGAAAAAAGAUUAGCAGAGUUCCUCAAAACAGAAUCCUCUAUUGUCUACUCUUAUGGAUUUGUCGCUAUAUCCAGCUCUAUCGCAGCAUACUGUAAAAGAUCUGACACAGUAUUCAUUGAUGAAAAAGCCAACAUUGCAAUCAGACAAGGCCUCCAAUCCUCCAGGUGCAAAAUUGUUGAAUUCAAACAUAAUGAUCCCAGCAGCUUGAAAGAAGAAGUUUCCAAAGUGACCAAAAAAGAAGGCAAGAGGAAAUCCAGAAAGUUUUUAAUAGUUGAAGGAGUUUCUUGGGCUACAGGCAAAUUAUUACCUCUUGAAGAUUUCCUCAAAGUAGCAGAGGCAAACAAGAUGAGGAUAUUCUUGGAAGAAACAUAUUCUAUAGGUGUAUAUGGGAAACAUGGACGAGGUCUAACAGAACACUUUGACAUAGACCCAGCAAGGAUUGACAUGAUUAUUGCAACCCUAGAAACAUCUGUUGGCUCAAUAGGUGGAUUCUGUGCAGGAUCAGAUACAAUCAUUGAACACCAAAGCUUGUCUGGAUCAGGGUACAUCUUUUCAGCAUCAUUAUCAACAUUUUUAGUGCAAGCUUGUAUAGAUGCUGUUAAUAUAAUGGAAAGUACCCCACAAGUAUUUGAAGAUUUGAGGAAGCUAGCAAAAUAUGUACACAACUUCCUUGUAGAAGUAGGAUAUAAGGUUGAGAGUGAUCCAGAAUCAGGUUUUAAGGUAUUCAAAGCAAGUGGCAAUGAGGAAAAAAUAUAUAGCUACUGUAAGGAAAAUGGAGUUCACCUCAUAUAUAAUAAAGAAAAGUAUUUGGUCAUGAAUCUAAAUGUAGAACUUUAUAAAAAUAAUAAGAUUCAAAAAGUAUAUGAUGUGCUGAAAGAAGCCUCAGCACUGUAGGGGCAAGCUAUAAAAUAUAUAUUAACACAAUCUGUUUAUGUUAGUAUUUUAUGGAUGAAUGUUUAUUAUAUACAUAUUUAAAAUAUUUUAUUGCUGCAGAUAACAAGGUUAAGCAACUAUUAUCUAUAAAAUGGCACAGGAAAUGGACUAUUUAAGUUUAUAAAUUUGUUAAAUAUUCACAAUUUUAAUGAGCACUUCAUAUGUAUUUCUAUCUUCACCAAAUAUAAUUUAAAAUUUCGAAUGCAGUUUUAUUAUAAGCCAAACUAUGAGAAGAAUAUAGAUUAUGCACCAAAACAAAGUUUUAUAUAUUUAGGAUGUGUAUGGCUUGAAAAUGUUUCAGAGCACUUGCAAAUAUUUUUAAUAUUGCUAAGGCCCCAAUACUCUCAGCAGCGGCAGGGUGUUUCAAAAGACAAAACAUUUAAGAGGGCCUUAUGAAAAUAGCUUCAUAUGAAUGUGUGUCAUAAUGUUUUAAAUUUUGAAAUACAGAGAGACAUUUCAAAAACAAAUUAUAGCAUGUAUGAUGCAACCCUAGAUGUUUCAAUGAAAUGUUGAUCACAGCCAGUAAAAUUGAAGGAAUUUGCUUAUGUACUAUGUUUUUUCAUUUAUUAGUGGUCAUUGUAGAAUUGAAGCUAGUUUAUAGCAAAUUUUGGGGGAGAAAACAAAUAUAUGCACA